GAAUUGGUUUAACUCUCGUUUAACACGUUAACUACAACUUUUACCUCAUAAAUUAUCAAACUUAAAGUUCCUUAAUUGCUUUUUCAUUCAUGAUUUGUUAACCUUGACCCAAAGUUAACUUGAAUUUUUAUCUGCUUCCUUUUCAAGGUUCAACGCACUUGUGUUUACUUGAAUUUUGUGAAAUAUCGACUGUAAUAACUGUUUCCAGUAAUAAACAACCUCGUAAAAAAUAAGUCCAUUAGACAACAAUUAACAUCGGAAGCUUGGCGAGUCAGCAGUUUUUCCCAUUGAGUUUCCCUUUGAAAGCUGAUUGUUUUCAUCUAGAUUUCAUCUUUAUAAUAAGAUCAAAAUGUCUUCCCUUUUAACAAAAUUUGCUCCUCUUCGGUCAUCUGGUUUGCUUAGCCUUUCUCGCCCUUUGUUGUUUACCUCAAAGCUUCAUGCUCAAGCAAGCAAAUUUGAUGACAAACGUGAGUCACAAGGACUUUGUUUUGAACAUUCUGAAGAAUCUAAGAGUUACAUUGAACUUGCUUCUAAAUUUGUGAGGGAUGAGAUUAUACCCAAAGCUGGACAUUAUGAUAAAACUGGUGAAUAUCCAUGGGAUGUUAUUAAGAAAGCUCAUUCACUUGGUUUGCUCAACCUAUUUGUGCCAGCUCAAUAUGGCGGACCUGGACUUUCACUGGUGGAUAAUUUGCUAAUAAGUGAAGAGAUUGCUUAUGGUUGUACAGGUAUUGGAACUGCAUUUAUUACCAAUGCUCUGGCUGGGUCACCUAUUUUAUUUCAUGGAUCUGAAAUGUUGAAAAAUAAAUACCUUGGAUGGCUUACAUCUGAACCCAUUAUGGCUUCCUAUUGUGUCACUGAACCAGGAACUGGUUCUGAUGUAUCUGGUUUAAAAACAAAAGCUGUCAAGGUUGAUGAGAAAAAUUGGGCUAUUAAUGGGCAAAAAAUGUGGAUAACUAAUGCUGGAAUGGCCUCUUUUUAUUUUGUUUUGACCCGAACAAAUCCUGACCCAAAUGCUAAGCAAAGUGAAGCUUUUACUGGAUUUGUUGUCGACAGGAAUACACCUGGAAUUACUGUUGGCCGUAAAGAGGAAAACAUGGGCCAGAGGUGUUCAGAUACCAGAGGGUUAACCUUUGAAAAUGUUAUUGUACCAUCAGAAAAUAUGGUUGGACCUGAAGGUAAAGGUUUCAUUGUAGCCAUGUCAGCGUUUGACUUUACUCGACCUGCUGUUGCUGCUGCGGCUGUUGGUUUAGCAAGAAGAUGUCUCGAUGAAGCGUCUAAAUACGCAUUGGAAAGGAAAGCGUUUGGUCAGCCUAUUGCAAACUAUCAAGCAAUACAAUUUAAAUUGGCUGAAAUGAUGAUUGGAGUUGAAACUGCUCGAUUAGCUUAUCUUAAAGCCGGCUGGCUUCAUGAUCGAGGUGAAAAAAAUACACUUAUGGCUUCAAUUGCUAAAUGUUAUGCUGCUUCAAUAGCCAAUCGAUCAGCAACUGAAGCUGUCCAAGUUUUCGGUGGAGCCGGAUUUAAUUGUGACUAUCCCGUUGAAAAGCUUUACCGAGAUGCCAAAAUAUUGCAAAUCUAUGAAGGAACUGAAGAGAUCCAAAAAAUUGUGAUUGCCAGGGAACACAUUAAACAUAUGAAAACAUUAGCACAUUAAGCAUCACCUUCAUGAUUACCGAUCAAUCAUUAUAUCAAUCAUCAUCUGGAAAACUAUUUAAUACAAUGUAUUAUAUUUAUGUUAAUUAUUUUCAUGUAUAUUUUAUGAAUGAAUCAAUUUUACAUUAUUUUAUCCCUA